AAAGUCUGAGGGGGAGUGAUUCCUGGAUUCUACCUCGUAAAAGAGCUAUCCCUGUAUGCUGGAUUAACUAUGUAUUAGCAGUGAGAUACAGAGGACUGGUUGUUUGAUUGUAGUGUUUCUGAAGUGUUGGUGGAAUCCUCUCGGUCUCAUGGAGUUCAGUGAGCUACAAAGACCGAGCUCCACUAUAGCCCACAGUUACCAUGGUGCCCAGCAGUUGGUGAGGUUACGGAGUAAGUCUGUAGUGUCCAAUCAGAAUGGCCCUCAGUUCAACUGGGGUUCUCCCCCCUCGGAGGGGGGAGAGGAGGGUGACUCGGGACCCCCUAAGGACCUCAGAGAGCGGCCUAUGACCAUGCGUCUGAAGAGAGCGAUACGGGAGGUGCAACAGAUGCGUGUGCCUGUGGUGACUAGCUGGCAGUCGUGGAAAAGGAGCAAGGCCAAGUCCCUGAGCAGGUUCAGAGCAGAUGCAGGGGGAGUCAUGUCCUACGUAGCUCUGUGGAGAAAGGCUCUGCAUAAGAUAGGAGGCCACUUUGGCGGUGGUGUCCAGUCCUACUUCAUAUUCCUGCGCUUCCUGGUGGUGCUCAACUUCCUGUCGUUCUUGCUGAUUGCUGGGUUCAUCCUCAUCCCCAGUAUCGUGUUCAGAUCCACCAGCACCAGUAACAUGACAGUGGACAGCACUGGUCCAGAGGUGUGUAAGGUCUAUGAUCCAAAUCUUCAAGGUCUGGUGGUGUUUUACCAGUACUUCCUGGACUUACUCUCUGGAACGGGUUUCAUGGAGUACUCCUACAUGUUCUAUGGUUACUAUAACAACACCGUGGCAGAGAGCAGUGGCUUCCACUACAACCUGCCCCUGGCCUACCUCCUCACCUCCGUCUUCUACUUCGCCUUCUGUCUUAUCUGCAUCAUCGCACGCAUGGGGAGCGCACUUCGUGUUGCUGUGGCAACAGGCAGCGGUGCUGCCGGCAGUUAUAGCAAGAUGGUGUUCACUGGCUGGGACUACGGUUGCCAGGGAGACCGGGCCACCAAACUCAAACAGAAAAGCAUCCACUACCAGCUACAGGUGGACCUGGAGGAGGAGAGGCUACAGAAAAAGGCUUUGUCUCUAACCUUAGGUCAGACAGUGGGUCUGUGUUCUCUACGCAUCUUCCUCAUGCUCAUCUCCCUCGCCCUCAUAGGAGGAGCUUUCUUUGGCAUCUUCAAGGCUACGGUCUUCAGCCAGGUGCAAGUUGGAGCAGAGGGCAUUCUGGGCCUGUUCUGGGUUUACCUUCCUUCCAUCGUCAUCACAACAGGAAACUUUGUUGUACCCUUCAUGUGUGACCAGAUAGCCUUGUUUGAGAGAUAUUCUCCUAGUACCACCAUCAUCGUGGCAUUGUUCAGGUCAGUGUUUCUGCGUAUGAUAAGUCUGGGAGUGCUGCUGUUUACUCUGUGGAGUCAGAUCACCUGCUUUAAAGACAGUCCAAAAUGUGAGCUCUGCCAGUACAACAACAAGGAAUAUCCGUGCUGGGAGACGCGUGUGGGACAGGAGAUGUACAAACUGGCCUUGUUUGACUUCCUCAUUACCAUCGCCAUGCUUAUCCUGGUGGAGUUUCCACGCAGGUUGUUUGUGGACCACUACUCCUGUGUACUGACCCGGUGGGUAGGUCGUCAGGAGUUCUUGGUGCCUCCCAAUGUGCUGGGUCUGGUCUACGGUCAGACAGUGGUGUGGACUGGAGCUCUGUUCUGCCCUCUGCUGCCUCUCAUCAACACACUCAAGUUCUUCAUCCUCUUCUACUGCAAGAAGGUCACUCUGUUUUCUAACUGUCGUCCGGCGGUGAAGACGUUCCGCUCCACCACCUCCACCAUCUUCUUCCUGGUGGUGUUGCUGUUUGGCUGGGGCCUCGCCCUCGUCGCCAUGAUCUACAGCCUGGCCCAGAUCCAUCCCUCUAUGAGCUGUGGUCCGUUCCGCUCUCUCACUAUGAUGUGGAGUAUCGUUCCCAACACCUUCUACACUCUCUCCCUGACAACACAGGACUUCAUCUUCUACAUGGGCUCCCAGGCCUUCUCCAUCCCUCUCUUCAUCUUCUCCUGUGUGGUGCUGUGUUACGUAGCAGCUCUAGCCACAGUCUAUGGGAAGAGUGUUGAUCUGCUAAAGGCCCAGCUUAAACUGGAGGGACGUGAUAAGCAGUUCCUGGUCAAGCAGAUUGAAGAGCUGAGUAGAGAGAUGGGGGUUCCAACAAGAGACCAAUUGGACACAUUUGACACUGGUGCCGCAAACUGACUCAGACACCAGGCUCAAACCCACGGCCCAUAUCCCAGCCCAAGGCACUUUUUGUAGAUUUUAAAGGCUUAGAUAUGUUCUUUGUGCUAUUGCCACAUGCAAAACCUAUCUACACCUUCACAAAUAACUUUACAAUUGUCACUCUCUAGUGUACGGAUAGCUAUGUUUGAGGCAAAGUUUUACUUAUGAUUGAGUGGUGGUUGUCUCACCUAGCUACGGUAUCUUAAGAUGAAUGAACCAACUGUAAGUCACUGGAUAAGAGCUUCUGCUAAAUGACUUCCAUGGGGCUAAGGGUUAGUAUAUUAAAGAUUUAGUUUGUUACCCCAUUUCUCUCUCAUAAUAUCUGUAACAGCAAUUGCCGUGUUCAUUUCCUUUGCAUUCUCUUACUCACCUCUUGCCUAAACAUCAGACUGUGACCGUGUUUACCCUAUGGUUAUUCAGUGUGAAAGAAGUCGCUCUAAAAAAGACGCAAGAGUCCUUCCAAGCCAGAAUGUUGAAUACAAUUAUAUUUACACGUA